AUGUUGGACUGCCAUUUACUCCCUGCGGUGGAUUUCCGUGUACUCGUCACGGCACUUGCUGGGUGCGUUUCUUCCCCGGUGUGCACAGGCAUGUUUUCUUCGGUUGUCUCUUUUUUUCAGCUCUUGGUAAAAGAAGGUGACGACGAAGGCACGCAGCAACAUUGGCGUCGAAACAACGUGCGCGCGACCACGCUCAUUUUCGCGAUUGCGAUCGGCGUAGCUAUCGCAGCAAACAUUUACUUGCUCACGCGCGGUAGCUCGCGGGGCAUGACUCUGAAGCGGAAGCAACUGCAGCCGGACAAAAACAGCGGCGAACCGGUGAAUCUAGACUUCGAUGAGAACUACCAGUUCCUCUUUGACAGGCACGGCAAGCGCAUUCGCUCACGACGCCGGGUCCCCGUAAUUGAAGAAAACACAGACGCAGAAGCAGGCGAAAUCGAACGCGAGAACGUAUCUGAAAAGGUGCAAGAGAAGGCCUUGUAG